GAAAAAAGUCAUUAAUCAGACUGGAAAAGGACCUAGAUGACUAUGAAAAAGAGAAGAAACACUUGCAAGAAAUGGCGGGUUCUCUUCCACAAUUCAAAGACGGCAGAGAAAAAGCUCUGAGUCAGCAGUGCCAGAAUACAGCGCUCCUGUGGGAGAGCACCAAAGCCUCCGUCACUGAAUGCCUUGACCAGUGUGAACGCGUUUUGGAGCUCUUAAAACAAUAUCAGAAUUUUAAAAGCGUCUUGACAACUUUGAUUCAAAAAGAAGAGAAUGUCAUCUCCCUUCAGGCUUCGUACAUGGGGAAGGAGAACCUGAAGAAAAGGAUAGCAGAGAUUGAAAUUGUCAAAGAAGAAUUUAAUGAACAUUUGGAAGUUGUUGACAAGAUUAACCAGAUCUGCAAAAAUCUACAAUUUCAUCUAAAUAAAAUGAGAACCUUUGAAGAGCCUCCUUUUGAGAAAGAGGCUAAUGUUAUUGUGGACAGAUGGCUUGAUAUAAAUGAGAAGACAGAAGACUACUAUGAAAACCUUGGUCAAGCUCUAGCUUUAUGGGACAAACUUUUUAGCUUAAAAGAUGUAAUUGAUGAGUGGACUGAAAAAGUCCUUCAGAAAAUGGAAUUACAUCAACUCACUGAAGUGGAAAGAGAUAUGCUGAAG